AUCAAACAUCAACUUCUACUAAACCGACGAGACGUAAACUCUCAAAAUCCACCAACAUGAAUUCAAACGCGUCGGGCCACGCCGAGCGGGGCGAUGUUGUGGCCUUGGAAGCGGUGCGGAGACAACUGAUGCCUCUGCUCUACAACAUGGAGAACCUACAGCAGGAGAUAAUGGCGAAUCCUAAUGCGCCGCCGGACUGGCCUUCCGUCCAACGCAGCACCGCGGCCCUCAGCAACGCCCUCAACGGCCUCCAAUCGCUCUUAAGCGAGGACCUCAACAUGACGCAAACAAUAUGGCAGCUCCACCCCUAUCCCAUGACCCCCUUCCCUAUCGACAACCCCGACAUGGCCGGGCUCGCCUCCGUAAUCCUGCGCAAACGGCUUGAUGUCAACGAAGAGAAAUGGAUUCUUGACCGCCUCGCGAAAGCCCAGGAAUUCGCUCACGUGCCUGAGGACUUGGUUAUCGAGCCCCGGAAGCCGAAGGAUGACGGGAAGAAGGACGGGGAUGAGAGUAGUGAUGAUGAGGAUGAGGAUGGGGAUGGGGAUGACGGGCCGGAUGGUGCGAGGGUGAAGGUGGAGCGGCGCAAGGGAACGCUGGAUGAGGAUCAGUUGGCGGAGCUUUGGGGGAUUAGCAAGGAUGUUGUGGAGGAGGAGUUGGCGCAUGUGGGCGAAGAGCAGAUGGGAGAAGAGUCGCAGGCGAGCUCGCCGGCGGAUGUCGAUAUGGGCGGAACAGGCUCCCAGCAGCAGACGGACGACGCUUCCAAGAACGCACAACAGACUGCGGCACAGCAAAUUACGCCCAUGAUGCCUCUGGCUACCAUACACAGGUUCAUGACUACCGGAGCGGCGGUACUGAAGCCGGAAGACAAGUAGUGAGGACAAUUGAUGGCGGUCACUAUUGGAGAUUGGGCGGCAUAUGGAACGGUGCAUAACUUGGCGUUAUGGGUAGGGUAUGAUACCAACAUUCAGACCGGAGUCUUGGGGACCAAGGAUUGUCUUGAAUAAAAAACUAUGCGCACAGCGGACAAAUAGCGG